GUUUAUUUAUGUGCGCAUACUCGUGACACAUCGUACAUGCUAUCGACGGAUAUCUGUCUCCGCGACAUUUCGCUCUUUGAUCGAGCUUCUUCAGAGUUCGUAUCCUUUUAUCGAAAUUCGAAGGAUUUUUUCGUAUUGUCGUAUUACUUGAGGCGAUCAUCUUUCAAUUACUAUGGACGUUGAUAUAAAACUCUCUAGAAGCAGCAAUCAAGCUUGGGGCUUUCGAUUGUCCGGAGGGGCUGACUUUAGUUUUCCGAUGACUGUUGUCAGAGUAUCUCUCGGGGGAUUGGCUGAUCAAGCUGGGUUAAAAGCUGGCGACAUAGUGACUAAAGUGAAUGGCGAAGCUAUACAGCGUUUGAGGCACUGCGAAGUUCGUGAACGCCUUGUCAAUUCCGGAAAUGAAAUCAUGUUGUCGGUCGUGCGAAAUCUGAAAUUCAAACGAGCCGUUUAACGAAAAUGUUCAUUGACACGCAUCUCGCUGCGAGAUACCGAUAAUCAUUCUAUUUUUGUAAACAAUACGACGAGGAUAAACGUUUUAUUAUUGACAAUCAGUUGUACGCAAUAUUAGUUAGCCAGAGGAUACAAUCGUAUCGGUAUUCCUUGAUCGAUAUUAAAAUCCAAUUUUUACGAUUUACAAACUUUUGUUGUUAUUAAAGUAUAUUGGUAAUAAUGCUCGUUCGAUGUAUUCUUAUCAUUGUAUAUACCUUGUAUAGACAUAUACAUUUUACCAUACCACGGUGUUAACUGGUAAUUCCAAAAGAAUUUCGAAGAAAAAAUAAAUCGUCAACCUACUCAAGAGUAA